CCUCCCCCUCCCCGCGGUGGGGAGCCGGGCUCCGGAGCGGUCCCGGAGCGAGCGGCGGGCGGUACGCGGCGCUGGUGCGUGCGGCGGGCUGGCGGGCGGGCGUGUCAUUCGCUGCGCCCCUGGCGGGGCUAAGGAGGUAGCUGUGGCUCCCGCUGCCCCCGCUGCCGCCGCCGCCACCGCUGCCACAGCAGCCGGGUGAGGCUGAACCGCGCAGCGCCGGGAGGCGAGAGAAGGGAAACCAGGUCACAGACGCGCAGACACGCACAUAGCCUCCCGCUCACACUCAUGCACACCCCUGCACGCACCGAUCGGGAGCAAGGACGCUGACUGGAGUAAGCGGCACCCCGAGACUUGAGCGGGCGGAGGUGGCUAGCGCAGACAGAGUGCGAGAAGCGGGGGUGGGGUCUGCAAGGGCCGGGAGAACUGAGAGGAGACCCACUUAUAAAAAUAACUUGGUUCCUACGCCAAUUAAAGUGCCCCAGUCUAGGGGCGAGCGUCCCUUCCUCGGCUGCCUGGGUGCCUCCAGGUAGGUAAGUGACCACAAACGGACCCACUAGCCGGGGCUGUUCGGAUCGGGCCCGAGGCUGGGGGACGGCGGGGGUCGCAGCCGUGGGAGGGGGCAGCCGGGCAGCCGUGGGGUCCGGGGCACUGACCUGGGAGGACAUGAACUUUGCAAGAAUUCUCCCGGCUCGCGCUUUCGCCCCAGACCUUUAUUUAGUCUCUUAGACGGCGUCCCGGAGCCCCGCUUCCUUUGGCGGGGGCCGAUAAACAGCCCCGACGCCGCCCCCUCUCCACGCUGCGCCGGGCCACCGGCGAGGGGGCGGGCGGGUAGCCCGAGCCGGCCCGGGACGGGACGGGCGCCCCCGCUCGUGCCCGCUCCGCCGGGGUCCCGGCCGGCGGCCGCUCGGUGCCGGGGAGGGCACCGGCAGGCAGCCAGCCUACGCCCGAUUACCUGCUGCUUUCGCCGGCUCCGUGUUAGACUCCCGAUCCGGAGACCCGGGUAUGGGCGUGGGGGGGAGGAGAAGAGGGAGGAGGAGCCGGCGAAAGACUCCCCAGCGAGGUGCCAAGAAAAAGGGGCGCCCGGGCUCGGGCUGAGCAGGGGCACCGCCGCCACCCAGGGAGGAAAAGGGCCGAAGGGGGCUUCUUAAGAAAUGGGGCCCGGAGCGCCGAAGCCCCAAGCCCUCGGUUGACAGUCUCUCCCGGUGCGAAAUGUAAUUUGGCAUCUUGGCAGGCUCGGUGCCGAGUGGAAGUUUCCAUGAUGAAUUGGCUGUUUUUCUUGGACUGGCCACUCUCUUCUGCAUGCUGACUUCCCACCAUGGUUUGAUGGAUGAGAAGGAACGCCCGCCCUCGUUGACCUCGGUAGCAAUGUUGCCUCUGGUCCCUGGAGAUAACCUUGGUGAUUUCAGCAAAUAAGAAGAUCCAGCAUGAUUACUGACCCAUGACUCCCAACAGUAUGUCAGAAAAUGGCCUUCCAGCAUGGGACAAGCGGAAGCCUCCGCCGCCGCCUCCUGACCAGGAGUACACCUGGGGCCUCGUAGCGAUGUCCGAGGACUGCCUGCACAGGAAGGGCCACUCGGAGAGCGGCGCCGGGCUGCUGAAGAGCGAGCCACCCCCGCCGGCGUCCCGGCUCCAGACCGCGGCCGCUUGGGCCGGCUCCGUGUUCCACCUGGACCCGGGAGAGGCCCACGAGCAGGGAGUGGCGAGCACCCAGGCCGACCCGGCCGAGGAGAAGAAGUGCAAAGGGUACAUACCCAGUUACUUAGACAAGGACGAGCUUUGUGUAGUUUGUGGUGACAAAGCCACUGGGUAUCACUACCGAUGCAUCACUUGUGAAGGCUGCAAGGGUUUCUUUAGGAGAACCAUUCAGAAAAAUCUCCACCCAUCCUACUCCUGUAAAUAUGAAGGAAAGUGUGUAAUAGACAAAGUCACUCGGAACCAGUGCCAGGAAUGUCGUUUCAAGAAAUGCAUCUAUGUUGGCAUGGCAACCGAUUUGGUAUUGGAUGACAGCAAACGGUUGGCAAAAAGGAAGCUGAUAGAAGAAAAUCGCGAGAAGAGGCGCCGGGAAGAACUGCAGAAAACCAUCGGGCACAAGCCGGAGCCGACAGACGAGGAAUGGGAGCUCAUCAGAACGGUCACAGAAGCCCACGUGGCCACCAACGCGCAAGGCAGCCACUGGAAGCAGAAGAGGAAAUUUCUGCCUGAAGACAUUGGACAGGCACCAAUAGUCAAUGCCCCAGAAGGUGGAAAAGUGGACUUAGAAGCCUUCAGCCAGUUUACAAAAAUCAUCACACCAGCAAUUACGAGAGUGGUGGAUUUUGCCAAAAAGUUGCCUAUGUUUUGCGAGCUGCCAUGCGAAGAUCAGAUCAUCCUGCUGAAAGGCUGCUGUAUGGAGAUCAUGUCCCUCCGAGCAGCGGUACGCUAUGACCCCGAGAGUGAGACUCUAACCUUAAAUGGGGAGAUGGCUGUGACGAGGGGCCAGCUGAAAAACGGAGGCCUUGGAGUGGUGUCUGAUGCCAUCUUUGAUCUGGGUAUGUCAUUGUCUUCUUUCAACCUGGAUGACACUGAAGUAGCCCUCCUUCAAGCAGUCCUGCUCAUGUCUUCAGAUCGCCCAGGACUCGCCAGCGUGGAGAGGAUAGAGAAAUGUCAGGAGGGUUUCCUGCUGGCCUUUGAACAUUAUAUUAAUUACCGCAAACACCACGUUGCACACUUUUGGCCAAAGCUGCUGAUGAAGGUGACAGACCUACGGAUGAUUGGCGCCUGCCACGCCAGCCGCUUCCUACACAUGAAGGUGGAGUGCCCCACAGAACUCUUUCCCCCUCUGUUCUUGGAAGUGUUCGAGGAUUAAGAAGGACUGGCUUGGUUCUCACAAUUCUGACAGUGCUACUUAUGGGGUGUCAUUCCAUUCCAUUGCCUAGCUCAUUUGUGUUUUCUCUGUAUUUUGGGGGGAGGGAUUUCUUUGUUGUCGUUGGGAGGGGAAGGUCGUUUGUGAAAUGUCCCUUGAAUGUGGGUGCUCGUGACUAUCACAGUCCGUCCUCCGGUCCUUGAGCGAGAAUGCUUUGAAAAUGGUGUGGUAGCGAGGUGGGAAGAAAGCUCAGGAGUUCACCAGCACUAAGUGAUCACCAGCGUCCAUCCUUCCCCAGUCGAUGGUGAUGUGAAGCAAAGCUGCAAAAACAAAAAAAAUGAGUGAUGCCUUUUGUCGUCUUGACUUGGUGAAGGACUUUACCAAUUAGGUUCCAUUUUGUAGGGCACAAAGAAAUCUUACAAUGAAUGUAGCUUCCAUGUUUGUGUCCCCUCCCCCCCAGUUGAUCUCUCCAUCUCAAAUCCUCUCUUGCUCAUUUUCUUAAGACGUCCAUCCUUUUCCUGCCCAAAUAGGAACAUAAGAGUUAGGACCUGGAAUGGCCUUUAAGAGGCAUUUAGUCCAAAACUUUCCAUUGUACAGAUGGAACAACUGGGUCCCAGAAUGGUUACACGAUUCGUGCAGAGACACAUGCCCAUUAGGUGAGAGAGCUGGGAUUUAAAGCCUCUGACCCAAAACUCAGAAUUUUUUUUCACUGAGCUUUAUCUUUAUGACCAUAAGGAUAUCUGUUCUCUGACAAGACAGAUAUAUCUUUCGAUGUAGUAUUUCUUUGAUACUUGCAAAUGAAUUCACACCCAAUGCAGAAAGUAGAUCAAAGAUGUAGAUGGGUUUGUUGAACUAAUAAAGGAAGGAAAGGGUUGGGUGAUCACAAGAAAUCCACACCAAGGCCAAGUCUCCACAAUGCACAGAAUCGAUCUGUUUAUAAGAGGCAAAUAUGGUGUGUUUAGAGAAUGAAACUUGAACAAGAACCCAAGUCCCUUUUUAAUGGCGAUGGUCACUGAAGUUGUGUGCCUUGAUUGCCUAAGGGAGAGAUGAUCUUGGCUGAGCUGACAACAGGUUUUACUACAGAUUAAAUCUUCUGAUCAAAGACAUAAAUCUGAGUCUGGUUGAGGAAGUGUCCCAAGAAAAGAGAUGGACUAGUUAUGUUCAAAAAAAAAAAUGAGACAUCCAGUGGUCACACUGUAAACUGGUACUU